UCAACAAUCAUACUUUCUCACCUCUCUCUAAAAAAAAGUUAAUCUAAACUAACUAAUCUCGAUUUGAUACAUAAUUUCGUUUCCAUGGAGUUCGCCGAUGAAUUUUCCGCAAUCGAAAGAAUCAGAAUGCAUCUCUUAGGAGAAUUCGAGAUUGAUCGCACACCGUCGGUUUCCGCCUCGGAAUCAUCGUGCGAUUCACAGCUGUCCUUUGAUUUUGAUCGGCCGCCGGAAUCGAGGCCGGCGAAGAAGCUGGAGUGGAUCGUGUUCGGGGGUGGUGAUGAUGAUGAUCAUCAUGAGCGGGUGGUGGAGGAGCAGCAGCACUACAGGGGGGUGAGGCGGCGGCCGUGGGGGAAGCAUGCGGCGGAGAUACGUGACCCGAAGCGGCGGGGGUCGAGGGUGUGGCUAGGGACGUUCGACACGGCGGCGGAGGCGGCUUGGGCUUAUGAUAGGGCGGCGUUCAGGAUGAGGGGCAGGAAGGCGAUCCUCAACUUCCCGCUCGAGAUUCAGCGGGAAUGCGGAGAAAAGCGGCGGAGAGAGGAGGUGGAGCUAAGAGAGAGGAAGGCGGUGAAGAGUGAGGCGGCGGAGUGGAAAUGAGCACUUGCUCCUCCACUGUAAAAUGUUCUACUUUCCCUCCGUCGACAUAGUUAAAUAUGAUCUCACUUUUCUAGUUAAUGUUUGAAUGUUAAUUGAGUUUUUUUUUUCUAAUCAAAAUCUAUUUUCACUUAUAGCCUCAAAUACAAAGAUAGCGAUAUAAAUUUUCAACUUGCUUCUA